CGAGGGAUGUCUUUUAGGUUUUGGAUAUGGAAAUAAAACAACACGGUAGGUAGUUUUAAAUGACUUUAUUGUUUUUUGAAGUAUUCUCCACGAAGAUUAAUAUACAUCUGCAUGCGCUCGAACCAAUUUUCGAAGCACUUAUUCCACUCGUUUGCUAGCAGAUCCAAAAGGGCAUUUUUGAAUGCGACAACUGCUUCUUCUGGUGACUUGAACCUUUGACCACGCAGUCUGUUUUUAAUUUUCGGGAAAGUAAUGAAAUCGUUAGGACUUAGAUCGGGACUAUAUGGAGGAUGGACCAAUAAUUCCACGUUUUCUUCCGUUAAAUACUGCCUUGUUUUUUGGGCUGUGUGCGAGCUUGCAUUGUCUUGCUGGAGGAUGAUUCUUCUUCCGGGGUUGAUUUUUCGAAGCUCGGCGAUGACUUUUGGCAAACAAAUGGUGGUACACCAAUCCGCAGUAACCCGUCCACGUUUGGAUUCUCCAUACCAACGAGAAAUUGUCGACUGAUGUGGCGCUUCGUUGCCGAAAACAGACAGUAACU